AUGAUUUUCUGUGUUGGACGCGUGGUGACAGGCAUUGGCAACGGCAUGAAUACCUCCACCAUUCCGACCUACCAAGCCGAAUGCUCCAAGUCACACAACCGGGGUCUGCUCAUCUGUAUCGAGGGAAGCACCGUCGCUAUUGGCACGGUCAUCUCCUACUGGGUUGACUUUGGCUGCAUGUACGGCUCGGAUGAUCUCACCUGGCGUUUCCCCAUUGCCUUCCAAUGUCUUUUCGGCUUCAUCAUCAUAUUCGGUCUCAUGUUCUUGCCGGAAUCUCCUCGUUGGCUCUUUGCCCGUGAUCGCUACGAAGAGGGUGAAUAUGUGAUUGCUGCGUUGGCCGGUCAGGAAAUCAACCACCCCGACGUGCAGAUGCAAAAAACUCUUAUCUUGGACUCCCUGCGAGCGUAA